GCCAACCAACUCAACAUGCGUCAGUUCUCCGCAGUCCUUGCAGUCCUUUGCCUGGCGGCUCUUGCCUCGGCAGAUAAGUUGGGCUACAACUACCAGCCAGUGGCCCACUCAGCCUCCGGACUGAGUUUCCAGCCCUCGGGAGCGGGAAGCAGCGAUGCCCCCUCAUUCGCCGCUGCUCCUGGAGGAUCUAUUGCUGAGCCCAUUUCUGAUUUCUCUGCACCAGUUGGAGAACAAUCCGUCUCAGCCCCCAACUACGCUGCUCCUCAGGCUGAGCUCCAGAAGGAGUUCUACACCUACACCGCCGACGAAGGUGACUUCUACGAUCCCGCUGCCUCCGACCAGGUCUCCUCCGCCCUGAACAAGGCCCUCCGCGUCGUCUUCAUCAAGGGACCCGAGAACCGUGGCCUGGAGAACGCCGCCCUGGCUCUGGCCAAGCAGGCUGCCCAGCAGGAAACCGCCAUCUAUGUCCUCAACAAGCAGGCCGACAUCGGAGAUCUGGCCAACAAGCUGAACGCUAUCCGCAACAACAACAACAACAAGCCCGAGGUUCACUUCGUCAAGUACCGCACUCCCGAGGACGCCGCCAAUGCCCAGCGCGCCAUCCAGUCGCAGUACGACCAGCUGGGAGGAUCUUCCCAGUCCCACGACGGUGGAGUGGCCUCCGCCCUGAACUUCGCCUCCCAAUCCGCUCCAGUUGCCGCCUCUGUGCCCGCGGCCACCGCUCCCAUCUCCUCGUACGUCCCGCCAGCGACACCUGGAAGCAGUUACCUGCCCGCCAACAUUCUGCGACGCCUGAGAUUCUAG